AUGUCGCUGCUUACUCAUGUGCUGGCCUGCCUGUUCGGCAUGGGCUCCUGGGUGGCCAUCAACGGGAUGUGGGUGGAGCUGCCCCUGGUCGUACCAGAGAUCCCAGAGGGCUGGUUUCUGCCAUCCUACCUCACAGUCCUCAUCCAGAUGGCCAACAUAGGUCCUCUCUUCAUCACUCUCAUGCACCGCUUCCGCCCACGGGUGCUAGAUGAGCGGCCGGUCAUCUACUGCAUUGUAGGGUUGGGGAUUGUCGCUACAUUCCUGCUGGCUUUCUUCUGGAGGCACACAGUGGCAAUAGGGGGCUCUUUGCACAGCGUGCCCCUGCUGGUGUUAAGCUUCCUGCUCUCUGUGGUGGACUGCACCUCCUCUGUUACCUUUCUGCCUUUCAUGAUGCGACUGCGUCCGCAGUACCUCACCACAUACUUUGCAGGUGAAGGCCUGAGUGGUUUGGUGCCUGCACUGGUGGCUCUGAUUCAAGGUGUUGGUGUAGUACACUGUCAGAAUGCCACUUUUGCUAUCGCAGCCAAUGAAACAGCUGAUAAUGUCACUACGGUUGGCAGUGGAGAGCUGAAAGCAAUCUACCAGCCAGCUAAAUUCUCUGUCCAGGUCUUCUUUGUGUUCCUCAGCGCCAUGAUGGUUGUGUGCCUGGUAGCCUUUAUCUUACUCAACCAUCACCCAGCUGUGGCACGAGAGAGGAAGAACGACCUGUACUUCAGUGGUGAUCUGGCCUCUGAGAAGAGAGAACAAGGUUUGUCUCUGCACGCCCAGACACCAGAGCAGAAGCCGAUGAUCAGCCCCCUGGAAGACGCCAGGAGGGAGCCCAGGAGCUCUUUUGGGAUGGGGACAUAUAGUAAUCUGGAGGUGGUGUUUAUCUUUGUUGUACUGGCUUGGGUCAAUGCUCUGACCAAUGCAGUGCUGCCCUCAGUCCAGUCAUACUCCUGUCUGCCUUAUGGGAACAAGGCCUAUCAUCUAGCUGCCACCAUGGCAGCUGUUGCUAACCCAGUGGCCUGCUUCAUCGCCAUGUUUGUGCCAGUUAGGUCUCUCAUCUUCAUGGGUUUCUUGACCAUGACUGGGACUGGAUUUGGCGCCUACAUCAUGGCCAUGGCUGCUCUGAGUCCCUGCCCCCUGCUGGUCCACAGCACCUUUGGAACUGCAGUCAUUGUGCUGGCCUGGAUCCUGUUUGUCCUGACCCUGUCCUACGUGAAGGUCAUCAUUGGGGUUAUUCUGAGGGAUGAAGGCCACAGUGCCCUCGUGUGGUGUGGGGCAGUAGUGCAGCUGGGCUCCAUGGUUGGUGCUCUAUCCAUGUUCCCAUUGGUCAGUGUGUAUGGACUUUUCAAGUCAGGUGAUGCUUGCAACACCAAGUGUCCAAUGUAGUGAUAAAUGUGUUAAAGUUAAUAACUGCUGUACGAAACAGAACUAUAAAAUGCGCUUAUUCUAGAUGCACUGAACUCAUUGCAGUCGUGAGCUUUACAUAUUCCUAUUUGUUUUAACAGAUCUGAAAGCUCAGAGCUGUUUACCUUCAACAGUGUCACUCCCUGAUGUUGUUUAACAGAUUUGCUCUUAUCAGAGUCUGAUGGUAGAUUUAUGUUUUAUACAGAUAUCUGUAUUUAUUGACUUGACUCAAUCGCACAAGAUCAUGUGUUGCUGAGCAUAUUACAAUUCCUUCUCAACUCAGAGGUCAAAGCCAGUGUACUUGAAGUGUUCAGAUGAUGUGAAAGUAUAAGUGAUCGCUGUUGCUUUUAAAAGAACUUAUGGCUUUCAAAUGUGCCUUAAUUUGAGACUCUGAAGGUGUGUGCUUGUGUUUGAUGUUCGUGGUACAUUCUAACUUGCUUUGUAUAUGUUACUUGUGUGGAGAAAUUGUUCAACAAUACCAAAUAAAACAUGUUUUAUUUCUGCCUCCAUAA